AGAUCGUUGGACAAGGUCAAAGUGUUUGGAUAAUAGACAAACAUUUCGUUUGUUAGUUUGUUGAUAUCUUCAAGAUCUCUUGUAUCAGUCACGGGAUAAUGUCAUACCCUGUGAGGCGAUUCGGUCAUUAACUCAUUCACUCUGACCAUUUCGUCAGUUCUCAAGUGUUGACCGCUGUGGUCAGCGUACAACUGACUCAACAAGAAGUUCACUGGAUUACUGUAUUCGGAAUAUACAAAAAUCAAAUUCGUUUUAAGCAAGUGGUCAAAUGAACAGUGGAUAGUUAAGAUAUGACUUAUCUGCAUUAGAAUCACUAGUCAGUGUUUGUGUACCUAGUGUUGGUACUCUCUUAAACUGUUUGACCGCCUGUAGACAGAACAAUGCACCACCCAAGUUAUUACACCGGUCAGUCGUCCAGCGGUGUUUCACCAUUCUCAUCUUCACCACAUUCAGCUUCCCAAACCAGCAUGUAUGAGGAUGAGCUGUUCAGUCAGAGAGCCAGGGCGUUCCCAUUGUCCCACGGCCUGAUGCCAACGCCACAGUUCUCCCCGUUCGCCUUCUCCAUGCACCACGACCCGAUGUCAUUAACAGUUGGCCAGAGUCAGCAGUUUGGAGGAUAUCAUCAUCUUGGAGCUUCAGACCAUAAACGUGUACUGACCGGAAGUCAAUCAGAUACAGUGGACAAAAAUAUCAAGGUGACCUUAGAGAACAGAGAAUUAUGGGGGAAAUUUCACUCCCUUGGAACGGAAAUGAUCAUUACGAAAACAGGGAGACGAAUGUUUCCCACGAUGAAAGUGACCCUGGAUGGCCUUGACCCCCACGCAAAGUACAUUUUACUUGUAGACAUUGUCCCGGUGGACGACUGCCGAUAUAAGUAUCACAACUCGGAGUGGGUGGUCACGGGCAAAGCGGAACCGCACAUGCCAGGGCGCCUGUACAUCCACCCGGACUCCCCGGCGUCUGGAGGGCACUGGAUGAAGCAGCCGGUCACUUUCCACAAAUUAAAACUGACCAACAACAAUCUGGACCAGAACGGACAUAUUAUACUCAACUCUAUGCACAAGUACCAGCCUCGCCUUCACGUGGUGCAGGCCAAUGAUAUCUUCACGAUGAGGUGGAACACGUUCAACACCUAUUCCUUUGAUGAGACUACCUUCAUAGCAGUCACAGCCUACCAGAAUGAACAGAUAACGCAGUUAAAAAUUGACCACAACCCAUUUGCCAAAGGUUUCCGGGAUAAUGGAUUAGCAAGGAAUUGUACGUUUUCCAGAGACCAUCGCCUGACCAUGAAGAGACCAUCGGAUGGUGAGGCAGAUCGCGAAAAAGACGACAUUGUUAAAAGAAGCAGACCAGACGACAUGUUAGUGAUGAAAAUGGACGCUCAUCGCAUGACGUCAUCAUCCAAGGCUAUCAAAGAAGAGCGCCUCGCAUCUCAUUCUGACCCAGCAGACGAUGGUUCCCAGGACCGCGAAGACAUGAUGUCUGCCUCCAGCUACCACUUGCUGGGGUCCAGCAAACACGACUUACUGGGGAACAAGAGGCUCGGCUCAGGCGACGCCAGCCCUGUCCCAUCCCCCACGCAAUGCCAGUACGGCGGCGGCGUGAAAUCGGGAGCUUUCGGUUCCGUGUCUUGCAUGGGCGGAGCCGGGGAUUCCGUGUACUAUCCACAUCAUCAUCCGUCAGCGGGGCGCAUGGCAGGGUCAGGCAGCUUCCUCCCUGGCGCCACAUCGUCUCCUCUUCUCCCCAACAUCAACCACGGCUUGAGCUUCAGCUCACAGAUGGCGGCCUGCAGACUGAGUUCUCAGGCGUCACCGGACUGCGCGCUGCGCCAACCAUCGUCCUCAUCUUCAGCCUCAGGGUACGGCCUACGCCCGAGUCCAGGUCAAGGCCCUCACAGCGCCCUGAGCUCCUGUACAUACAUGCAGUCCCCACACCCCACCUACGCGCCUCACAAUCUCGCCGCAAACAUGCAUGUUAUGAACAUGAAUUUUCCAGGCCAACUAGCAUAACGGACACUAGAGAUGCAACAUGUCAGGUCCAAUAUGGGACAAACAUUUCUACUGAAACAUUCAAGGCCCAAUGCUUGUGUUUUUGCCAAUGAAAACUCAAAAGGAACUAUUUGAUAUUACACACCUAAUUGAACAAAAUAUGUUCAUCUAGAUGAGGGCAUUACCUCUGGGACUAAAAAAUAUUCAUGUGUAAUUAAAAAAAUGUCAAUGUUUUGUGUAUAUUGUACUAGUACAUAAAAUGUCCACAUUUGAUACAUGACAUUCAAAUGGAUUCUGGCACUUCGGCUCUGGCACUGAAGUAUGGCUACCAUGAAAGCCGUCUCUUACAAUGCCAUUAGAAUGAAACAACAUGUCGCCUAUUUUAAAUGCUGCAAUAACAUACAACUUUAACCACACACAAAAAAUAAAAUGAUGGAAGCAGGCUGCUUUACUGUCAUUGGCAAAUAAAAGUCCAAGUCGGUACUGAGCUCCGAUAGGAUACCAACAAUAGUAUUUGAAACUAUAUUGUUUUACACUGACAAAAGAAAAACUGGAUCAAUAUGGACAUGACAAAUUGAGGUUUUACAUUCCUCUGUGGACACUGGUGUACUUUAGUUUCGUACACGCUUUGAUUGAUCUUGAACCUGAUUGUAACUUACUAUAUAUCUUUUAGGAUAAAAGACGGAUUCCUUUCUUUCAUGUUUUGUCCUUUCAAGAGAUCGAGUCAUAAAUGUAUAUUUAUAUUAAAGCUUGUCCGUGCAUUUAGUGACUACAAUUGUUAUGUUUAUUGUUUAAUAACAUGAAAAGUUUUUUUUAAAGACUUUGGUUUAAGCGUAAUUCACACAGAACGUAUAAUCUUGGUAUAAGGGAUGCUGGAAAUCAUUCUAAAACAUUUAUCAAUUAUAUUGCAGCACUUGCAACAUAUUUGACAACAAUUUAGUAGAUUAUAAAGACAAUUAUUCCAUUUUCAAUAACGUUAUAUUUCAGGAAUUCAUUUAUUCUGGUCUGAUUGCUGUUAAUAAAAAUUUAUAAAUAUUUUAUAGUCGCUAAAGAAAAUAAAAGUUAAAUACACUGUUUUUCUUUUCUUUCACAAACCUUGACGGGUUUAUGUUUUCAGCUAGUAUGAAUUCGAGUUAAUAGGUUAAAUGGGUCAUUAAUGUUUUGUAGCUACAUUUAACAGCUGAUGAAGCCCCAGACUUGGGAUAUAAACGUUGUAAACACUUGAGUUGUGUUUAAUACGGGGAUAUUGUGAGUAUAACAAUUGUAAGAUUUAAUGUAUAGAGCUAUCAAACAAAAAAUUUGUUUUAAAUUAUAAUCUUUGAUUAUGUUGAUUCUGUUUUGAUCUAUACGUCAAUGGGUCCCUAAGUCAAUGUUUGUAGGCCCACAGGUCUAUAAAUAAAUAGUUACACAUUUUAAUCAAGCUGAUGGUGAAGUAGUCAUUAUAGGUCUUUAACGUCUGUCUAAUCUCAAUAUGUUCAUAGUCCCAUAGGUUCAUAUAUCUUCGAAUCCAUAGUAGUUUACAGAUCAUAAGUCUUUGGGUCUAGAAGUGAAGCGUUGGAGGAGGGACUUUUUGUAACAGCUUUAAACAGUGCUUUGUACUUCAAGCAUAAAAGUACAAAGAAGUUUAGAUCUAUAUGAUGCUCAUUGUGUUUGUUGUAUUGUGUAUGCGGUUGACUUCAGUAAACAUAAUCAAACAUCUUCUGUCUUUAUAUGUGAUGACUGAAUCUACUAAUAGUUUGUAUCAAUGAAUGCAAGUGUUGACAUUGGUGGCUGAGAAAGUAAAAGGACUUUGCAGUGGUGUUACUAGGCUGGGUACCAAGCGGGGCGGUCCGCAUUAGCCAUGAAAUACUAAAAUAUGAUAGAAAACAAUAUGACAUACGUCAAUAUAUCACCUUUCUUUUUAUGAAGCAGUGGUUCCGACACUGAUUUCUUCGUGGAACACAUAGGUUUACAUCCCUUUAAAUCACAUUUAAAUGUCUCAGGGGAAUAAUAUACCUGUACCCUAUAUCAAUGAACAUUUUUUUCCUUAAGGGUUCAAAAUAUUUUGCAUUUUUCAAAGAGAAUUGAUAGCAGAAAGCCAUGCAGAUUUUACUAACUUACCCACAUAGGAUGUUUUACUAGCCCAUAGAGAAUGUGAAAAUUGUAGUGAUCCAGAGAGAAUGUCUUAAGAGUUGUAGAGACCCAGGGAGAAUGUCUCUAAAAGUUGUAGUGAUCCAGGGAGAAUGUCUCUAAAAGUUGUAGUGAUCAGGGAGAAUGUCUCUAAAAGUUGUAGAGACCCAGGGAGAAUGUCUCUAAAAGUUGUAGUGAUCCAUUGAGAAUGUCUAUGAAAGAUAGUACGUAAGAACCACUGCUCUAUAUAAUGACAUACAUUUAUACUGACCCAGUCAAUACAUACGUUUGUGUAGAGUUUACGUCGUUGAGACUCAUUCCAAAAUGUUGUGUAUUUUUAUUUUCUAUUUGUAAAGUGAUAUAUGAAAAGAAAGAAAUAAACAAAAAAUAAAUGUCUGUAAUUAUUUUA